AUGGCCAGCCCACAGGUUCUAGUUUUCGAUGCUGAGGGCCGCCCUGUGAAGUUUGACACUUGGCUCGAUGACCUGCACCUCUACCUACAGCUCACAGCCAAGGAUGACAUCUCACUGUACGACCACGCCCUAGGCCAUGUCACUGCCCCUGCUGCUACUGCUGACAGCACUGCUCGCUCCCAGUGGCAGACUCGUGAUGCCCACGCUCGCUUCGCUAUUUGCAACUCCCUGCCGAUAGACGAACGCGAGCACUUUGGCCAGCAGAAGACUGCACAGGCACUGUACACCGCUGUAGUUGCUCGCUACUCCUCGCCUGCCUCUGCCGGGCUAGGCCGUCUCUCCCUCCCCUACCUGUUUCCCGACCUGGCCUCGUUCCACACAGUCGGUGACCUCAUCACGCACCUCCGUACUAGUGAGGCUCGCUUCUGUGCCGCCAUGCCCGCUGAGUUCCUUGCCACGCACCCCCCUCCACUCUGGCUCACUCUCUACCACCUAGUCACCCGCCUCCCUGACACACUGCGUAGUGUCAGGGACCACUUCCUAGCUCGCUGCCCCACUGAGCUCACCAUUGCCCUCCUCGAGAAGGAGCUGCUUGCAGCCGAGACUAGCAUAGUCGCUGUAGGUGCCUCUCGUGGCGACCCCCGUACCCCGUUCUUUGAGGGGUGUUCUCCUUCCCCCCUUCUUCCCUCUGUCGCCUCUGCUGCUGCUGUCGACCUUCUGAGUGCUGGGAAGGUCGGCGCUGCGUCUGCUUCGAGCGGGCGCCGCAGCGGCAAGGGCAAAGGGGGCAAGGGUGGUGGUGGUGACGGCGGGGGAGGCGGCGGUGGGGGCGGUGGAGGCGGCGGGGGUGGUGGCACGACUGGGGGGACUAGUGGCGGCGGUGGGGGUGGUGGCGGCAGCGGCGGGGGAGGUGGCAGGGGCGGAGGCGGUGGUUGGGGUGGCGGUGGACGAGGCGGUGGCAGGGGUUGGGGUGGUCGAGGAGGUGGCGGCGGUGGUGGUGGCCGUGGAGGCGCUAGCGGUGGCCAGGGCCAGCAGCACACUCCUUCGCCCCAGGAGGUCCGUGAGUGGUACUCUCAGCACGGGGGUAGGGGUGGUCUUAGCUGCACAUACGUCAUUCGCAUUGGUGACCACACUGGUCAGCAGUGUGGACGACCACACGCCACACAGCGCUGCUUUGCUCGUCUCGACGUCGCUUGGCGUGUUCAGUUCCCUCCGGCCACUGAGCUGCCCCGCUGGAUUGAUCUCCUGAAGAAGGGGAUUGAUAUCUAUGCUCUAGACUUUGAUGCUAUUCUAUCUACCAUGUAUGUGAUGUCUACAAGUGGAGAGGGUGCUGAGCACUUGUGUGUGCCGCCCAACCUGGGCAUUAGGGCCAGUGCGUCUGCCGCUCCAGGUACUCGCGUGUCGGCUACCCCAGGUGCUGGUGAGGCUGCUGCUCUAGGUGCUUGUGUGUCUGUCCCCCUUGGUACUGAGUCGACUGCAGCACUACACACCUUCACCCUGGACUCAGGUCUCCACCUCCCCUCGUUCUCUACGAACUUGGUGGCAGGAUGUGCGCUCUAG